AUUGUCAACACCAUUGUACAUUUCUUAUCAAAUCUGUCUCGAAGUGUCAUUGUAUGGCCAUCGGCUCCAAAGGCUAACAACAUAGCCAGACGUUUUGCUGAAAUGGGGUUUCCAGGAGCAAUAGGGUGCAUAGAUAGGAGCCAUAUUAAAUUGAUACCCCCAGAGAAGAUCCUGAUUCUUAUUUGAAUAGGAAGAAGUUUCAUUCGAUUCAGAUGCAAGUUAUCAGUGAUGACAAUAGAAAAAUAAGGGAUGUGUUUAUUGGUUACCCAGGUAGUGUCCAUGAUGCAAGACUGUUCCGGAAUAGUCCACUGUGCCAAAAUUUAGGACAGUUGUGUAAGGACUGGGGCAUGAUGUGUGCUACAUAACCUCUGCAUCGAUAACAAUGUUGUACGUGAUGAGGCAGUAGAUGUAGGUGAUGAGGGAAAUGAAAAUCCGUUUAAUGAACAUGUACAAGAUGAUGAACACAAUGAGGUUGGUCAAAACUACAGGAAUUAUGUGGCUUUAUUAUUAGAUAUAUAGUAUGUAGCUUUUAAAGUGAUAGUGAU